GUAAAUAAAAAUAUUUAUCUAAUAUUAUGGGUUACGUUAAUAAUGUGACUUUAGUUAUAGUAACGAUUCUAUUAAAGGAUAACUUUGUUAAACCCGAUGAAAAUACAGAUGUUAUUAACGAAAACUUAAAAGAAAAUAAAAAUUUAGUGAACAAAAAUUUGAACAGUGCCUUAGUCAGACUAUUAAACGAUCAAAAAUUUGAUAAAAACAUUAUAAAAACGUUCGGAAACGACAAUGAUGCUGUGAACUCAUACGAAGAUAUAACGAUCCUGGACGAAAAUGGCGAAUUGAAAAAUUUAAAAUACAAAUCCGCAAAAGCAAAGGUACCGGUCGAAUUACAUAAUUUAAUCAAUAAAAGUGAAAGUGACAAGGAUGUGAAUUUAGGACACAAUCGUGACGUACCAAACACGAAGAAGUCGAAAUUCUUCGAUGAAAUCGGACUGAUACCUCAAACGUGCCGUUAUAGAGGAGCAAGGUACCCAUGCGGUUUGAGCAUAUCUUGCGUGCUCGGGGGUGGAAAACCCUUGGAUCUUUGUUCUGGGGGUAUGAUCUGGGCGUGCUGUGUGGACAAGGACACGACGGAACGACCGACGGAGAUUGCUCCGGUUGUGCACAAUGCUAGUGAUCUAAUAGACUUCAUUGGUACAUUCCCACACGAAACGUAUGAUUAUCAAACAAAUACACAAUUCGAGGACCCGAUCAUCAUCUACGCGGACACAAACCGUCCGAAACCGCACUACAACCGCCCAAAGCCGGUCACAGACCGCCCUGAACCGGAUCAAACCGGAUUUCAGAAACCAGAUUGGAACAUACAAGACUACGAUCAGAAUCACUAUUACCACGUCAAACCGUCGUAUCAUGAAAGCACAACACGUUUACCGGAUUCGUUCUACCCGGAUGUAGGUUCGAAUAAACCGGACAGUGAUGAUGAUUAUGUACCGGUGCACACGAACGGUCAUAAGCCACAGAGACCUAGCUACCCGGGUUGCGGUGAACAUUACACUCGCUCGAAUCGGAUAGUAGGUGGUCACUCGACGGGUUUUGGUUCCCAUCCAUGGCAAGCCGCUCUCAUCAAGUCUGGCUUCCUCAGCAAGAAGUUAGCGUGUGGUGGUGCUCUUAUAUCCGAUAGAUGGGUGAUCACAGCUGCGCACUGUGUCGCUACCACACCAAAUUCUCAACUCCGAGUACGUCUCGGCGAAUGGGACGUACGUGACACUGGCGAGAGAUACUCACACGAGGAGUUCGCUGUGCAGCGCAAGGAGGUCCAUCCGGCCUACGAGCCUUCAGACUUCAGGAACGACGUCGCUCUAGUCCAACUUGACAAAGGAGUCGUGUUCAAACAACAUAUAAUACCUGUAUGCCUUCCUCAGAAGCAAAUGAAAUUAGCAGGAAAAAUGGCGACCGUCGCGGGGUGGGGGCGAACGCGACACGGACAGAGUACGGUGCCUUCGGUAUUACAGGAAGUAGACGUAGAAGUUAUACCCAACGAGCGCUGUCAGCGCUGGUUCCGCGCUGCAGGCAGACGGGAGACCAUACACGAUGUCUUCAUCUGCGCUGGAUAUAAAGAGGGAGGAAGAGAUUCGUGCCAAGGUGACUCUGGAGGUCCGCUGACAAUGAAAUAUGAGGGGCGAAGCACCCUGAUUGGACUGGUUUCUUGGGGCAUCGGCUGCGGCAGAGAACAUUUACCGGGUGUUUAUACAAACAUACAGAAAUUUGUACCGUGGGUUGAUAAAUUGAUAAACACUUAAUUGUAUUUAAUCAAAUUUACCUUUUGGUAAACUUUCUGAA